AUGCAAAAAUUUAAAGGUCAGUUUAAAUUUUAAUGAAAAUAAAAAGAUUAUUAUCUUGAGGAUGUUUUUUCUAGACCACGCCACUUUUUUUUUGAUACGUACUCAGAAAAAACCCGCAAGUUUUGCCGACUAUAGUAUGUAUUUCGAAAUAUUUUAGGAUAAUGUGCCUUUUUUUUUGAGGUCCCAUUAAAAAUCGAAAAAGAGGAAUAUUCUACUAAAAUAAUAACAAAAUUUACAGAUAAUAAUUCAAAUGAUCCUGAGCUCAUGGAAUUGAGCCCUGAAUUGAAUGAAGACAUACAAAACAACGAAAUCAAUAAACGCAACAAUCACAUAGAACAGGACGACGUGGUGAUGGAUAUAGAACUUGAAAAUCCACCCAACAAUGGACCAGAUUCGGGUCACGAAGAAGAUAGUGCUGUGAAUCAAGAAGCAAUCAACGAGGAGUGGCAGUUGAUAAAGGAACGAAAUAUCGAUAUGUUAUGUGCGAUCUAUUUGAAUAUCAAAAAUCUUCUCAGACCACUCAAACCCAAACGGAACACACAUAGAACUUGUUUUGAAUAUAAAAUGGUUAGCAGUUAUGUUCGCACACUUGAAAGAUGUUGGAAUUUUUUGAAGCAAAUCACUGGUCAGAAUAAUGAGCCAUCAAACCUUCCUUUAGAAAAAUUGAUGGAUUUGACUCCCAGAAAUUGGAUAAACAAGGUCAAUCGUUUCAUGAUGAUUUUCGUAAGUUUCAUUUUAUUUAAGUUUGUUCAACUUCACAUUUUAAAUUUACAGAUGCAAUAUCCCAUCGCGUAUGCUUUAUUGGAAGUAUUGGUGGUCAAAGAACCUAUGUUUUUGAGAAUCUUCCAAAAAGUCAGAAAAAGUUAUCAUGCGAUGUAA